AUGAGCUACUUCCGCAUCACUCUCCUCCGCUCCGCGAUCGGUCUGCCGCGCCGCUCCACAGACGUUCUGAAGGCCCUCGGCCUCAAGAAGCGCAUGGCCACAGUCUUUCACCGGGUGUCUCCGUCCGUUGCCGGUCAGAUCAUGAAGGUCAAGGAGCUUGUUUCAGUCCAGGAAGUUGACCGGGCGCUGACCAAGCAAGAGGUGCACCUGGAGCGGAAGCCCGAUCCGGGCUACUAUGUCGAGAAGACAAGUGCUGUGGAACGGAAUGACUUGAACGGACAGUGA